CGCCCCCUCACUUCAUAUGUUCCUAUUAAAAAUUUCCUGUCAAUAAAAUUUAAAACAAAAAUAUGGCCCAAGUUCGUCCAACUACCUUUCUCUCGUUGCAAGGCUUUCCCGAAGGUCAAGGCUACCUGGCUCGUACUAGGACCGUUCCAGAUCUCACCGUUUACGUUCGUCAAUCUGAUCGCUACAAGCCGCAAUGGUACAGAAACGAUCAAUUCCCCCACCGUGGCAAUGCUUAUUUUUAUUUUUCUCCACAAUAUUAUUACAAUUUACACCCUCACCGAUAUGCUACACCCUGUAGAGAUUUGACUCCUUUCAAAUACGACACACAUUGGGCUGAUUAUAAAGGGGCUUGGUUUGAUUAUCUUGAAUGGUUCCAUUAUAAGCGUUGGUAUAAUCCUUUUUAUGAUAUGUCUGCUUACCAUGCUAAUUUGAUAGACAAUUAUGGUUAA